AUGUCCCUAAAAUUUAACCCAGAUGACUCUCUCUUGAAUGCGACCUGGGCUACUGUCCUUCUGAGCGAAAGAGAUGUAGCCGGGCAAGUUCCCAUCAACUUUGUCACCACUUCCGCUAUCUCCCUGCGGGCCGCCUGCUUUGGCGACAACAAGUUUGGCAGGACUGCAGCUGAGAAAUGCCUUUCCAACCUGCUUGCUGUUGGCUAUCGACGCUUCAACAUCGAUCUGUACUGGUCUACGGAACUUCGGCAAUGGAUCCUAUGUCCCGUCUCAGUCCCUAGUGGUCUGCAUGUUGUGACAGUGUCCCCAGACGUUACACCCACUGCCACUGCAUCGGUUGCACAAGGAACCAUAACAGCGGAGCCCGAUGAUUCAUCGGACGAGCUGCUCUAUGAUCUUGGCUCGUAUAAAUGCUCGGAUCGCCUGGAUCUGCAGGACUUGUUAGCUAUUUUUAAGGAUUAUCUCCAGUACACCGACACGGACUUGGUCGUUUACACGAGAUACCUGUCCCUCAAUCUCCAUGCUGCCGCUGAUCCCACUUCGGCUAAUGAGCCGCCGUCGCUCGUGACCAGCGGACAGCUUCCGGCUGUAACGGAGCAGGUCAGCUAUAUAUUGAAUGACAGGCUCGGAUCUUACAUAUAUGGCCCGUCCGACUUGCUUGAGGAUCGUCGUGACCUGAAUACCUCUUGGUAUGCGGUUGAUGAAUCAUAUAAGCCAAUUACCGAGUACUUCACUGUUGAGGAAGACCCGAACGGCGUACAGAGCACUCCAGAUGGGUGGCCUAGUGCGAAGUUUAUACAGCUUGCAGCUGACCGACGGUUGCUCAUUGAAUAUGGCUUGGUGGAUCCGCAGCUCAGCGAAUAUGAUCUCUUCGCAGAGAAUGACGUUAUAUUUUCUCCCGGCUACUUGACUUCUACCAUACCGGCUGCAGCCGCUGAUGAUGGAAGCCUGGAUUCUGGUUGUCUGUACGAUCCAGAUAGCACGGAUAUCUCCAACGUGAACGCAUCCUGGGCAAUCUCCGAUCACAUUCCCGUUCCUCACAAUUUCAGCGACGAGUCACUGCGAUCCAUAUCAGACUUGGUAGUAAACCUCACGGCAUGCGGGAUGACAUCGACCCUCAACAACACCCUCUUCAAUGACACCGCCGAUGAAAACCCAGUCCCGUACCGGAACCUCACUCUAUCCUCCUCAUGGGCAUGGGCUCUAGGUCAACCCGCUGCACCAACAUCUGACCUCGACUCCGCCGAAUCGGACGACACCCGCUGCGCCGUGAUGGACCUGACCCUGAACGGACAAUGGCGCACAGCCAACUGCAGCGAAACCCACCGCGCCGCCUGCCGCGUCGACAACCAGCCAUUCCGCUGGGCUCUCUCGUCAGAAUCAUUUGCAUACAAAGACGCGGACGACGAAGUCUGCCCGCCAUCCACAGAAUUCUCCGUCCCGCGCACAGGCCUCGAAAACACAUACCUUUUCCGUCAUCUACUGUCGUUAUCAAAUGAUCUUAUCGACCCGUCAUCUUCGAACCCGCUGAAAAAUGCGAUCUGGGUCAAUUUCAACUCAAUCGAUACCGAGACAUGCUGGGUCACCGGUGGCCCUGACGCCACUUGCCCGUAUACCGCGGACCCAGACCAGCUGGAGAGACGGACGGUUCUGGUUGCUGCAAUUGCAGGUAUAGUCAUCUGCAUUAUUGCGGCGCUGACGCUAUUCGUGAAGUGUAAUGCCAAUCGGCGGAACUCGAGGCGGAACAGGAGGGUCAUUCAGGGGUGGGAAUAUGAAGGUGUACCUUCUUAG